GAUCAAAGGGGGGUGCAUGCGCACUGCAUGACGCGCUCUCAAGACGCUCCGACGCGACCAAACGCCGGCAAAUAAAGUGCUGAUCCCUCGUUAUUGCCAACUCUGCCGCUGUUACAACUCGAUCCCUUCAGAAAAAAAAAAAAGUGGUCCCGCUUUCUGUAGAAGUGCAUCUGUGCCAUCUGACAGACCGAGCGGUGAACGCGCAGAGGAUUCUCCCGGGGACCUGUUGAUCGUCGGCUGGCGCUGCAAUGGAGGUGAGACGGAGCUCUGCUUGGCUUCUGCUGUCCGUCUGGUUGUCAUAGUAAUGGAGGAACCAAGAGGAUGCGUGUGACAGUAACCUGAGAAAGAACACGGGGAAAUUUGGACUCUCUCAGGCGAUAAUGGAGAUCAUGGAUGCUCAGUGCGCCUUGGAAGCUGUGGAAAGACUGCAAGCCAAACUGAAGGAGCGCGGGGAGGCUCCCACUCAAGAGAAACUAUCCGUGCUGAAGACUGUCCUGCAGAGCCCUCUUUUCCUGCACAUACUUAGCUUGCAGCAAGCUCAGCCAAAGCCUCCGGUGAAGGGGAAAGGCGUUUCCAAAUCAGUCUCCCUGAACUGUGGCCCAUGCCCGGACUUACCUGUCGGCCUGAAGGCACUCAGCCACAGUGACUCUUACACAUGGGCUGUGGCGAACCGAAGGUCUUUUCAGAAGAAUGGCAGCAAUUCCUCCCUUGGCUCGCAGGAGCUGUCCUUCUCAGAUAUCUACCCAGAUGACUCUUCCCACAUGGAAUCUCAGUACUGCACUCCUCCUCGUAUCUCCCGCACCAUGUCGAUGGGUAGAAACCUUUCUGCCAUUGCACAUGAGAGGCGUCAUAUCGAGAUAAUAGAGUUGACCAACGAUGGGAAAGGACUUGGCUUUGGCAUCGUAGGAGGUCGCAGCACAGGAGUCAUGGUCAAGACCAUCCUUCCUGGAGGCGCAGCAGGGAGGGACAGUCGCCUGAGUAGCGGAGAUCAGAUUCUGCGUAUUGGGGAUACAGACUUAGCGGGCAUGAGCAGUGAACAAGUCGCACAGGUGCUGCGAAACGCUGGCACUAGGGUAAAACUCCUUAUUGCCAGGGAUGUUACCAAAUCCAAUUACCUCUCCUCCCCUGCUCUGAACCAGGACAGUUUGGACGACAAGCCCUGUGACUUGAAUAAGGACCAUGAGUUCAGUGUCCAGUUCACCAAGAAUAGCCGGGGCCUGGGAUUUUCCAUCUCCAGCUAUGUCGGGGACCUGAAUUCAGCCUACAGUGCAGGUGUGAUGGUGAAGAGCAUCGUAAAAGGCAGCGCUGCAGAUUUAGAUGGACAGAUGCAUGCUGGAGACAUUAUCCUUUCUGUGGAUGGUGUGAGCCUUCAGGGCUUCAGUGAGCAGCGUGCCAUGGAGGUACUCAGGAGGACCGGUCCCCUGGUCAGACUGAGGUUGCUAAGAAAGGCCGUCCGCCUUCGCCACAGCCUGCCCCAAGUUCCUCCUUUGCAGCCCCUCCGACACUUCCAAAGCUUCCAUGAAGGCGGUCCUCACAGACCAGGCAUCAACAAAAUUCAGGAGACAGGAAUCAGGUCUCUGCGUGAAAUCUCCCGGCAAGCGGCAUAUGUCAGCAGACGACCCCGACACAAUCCCAGAGACGGUGUGAAACUGACUCCAGAGGAAGAGGAGAACCUGAGAAAGAGGUGGCAGCAGGCAGUCGGACACCGACACGAAGUGAUUGUCUGUCAGCUGGAGAAGUUCAGUGAGACGAGUGGUCUAGGCAUCAGUUUGGAGGCUCGGGCAGGACAUCACUACCUGUGCUCCAUCUUACCAGAGGGGCCCGUCGGCCAAAGCGGCAAAAUCUUUCCUGGAGACGAGAUACUGGAAGUAAAUGGAAUCCCGCUCAUUGGACAGACACACAAGGAGGUGGUCAGUGUUCUCAAAGAACUGCCAGUGCAAGUUUACCUCGUGUGCUGCCGCAUUGUCCCGCCGUCGGUUCAUGACAGUGAUGAAGAAGCAAAUGUGGAUGUCUGCCUCAGCCUCAAAGAGCUGUUGGCUGAGUUCAACGAUAAGCUGGAUCACGGCUGUGUCAUACCCUGUCCUACAGCUGAGGACAUCACGAAGCGCGGCGUGCCCCCCAUGUCACCUCCUCUGGCCAUGUGGGAGAAAGAGGCUCAAGUUGUGGAGCUGGAAAAAGGCGAGUUGGGCCUUGGCUUCAGCAUCCUGGACUACCAGGAUCCAGAAGAUGCCUCCAAAACUGUUCUGAUAAUCCGGUCCCUGGUUCCUGGAGGCGUAGCAGAUCAGGACGGCCGCCUGCUACCUGGCGACCGACUAAUGUUUGUCAAUGAAACCGAUCUAGAGGGCUCCAGCCUGGAUUAUGCUGUGCAUGUGCUCAAGUCUACUGAAUAUGGGCCCGUUCGCAUUGGCGUCGCUAAACCCCUGCCGCUGGAACUGUGCGGUGGCCUGACGCCCAUAUCGGAGCGGAGUGCGCGGCCUUCGACCGAUGACACCGACAGCCACGCUCACGUCAGCCUGCUAGCUGAGGCAGCUGAGGCCAAUUUCCACUGCACAACUUGGAACUACGACGAUAACAGCUUCAGCCAGCCGUGUUACACGGAAAACCAGCUGCGUUAUCGCUACAGCACUAUGGAAGAUGAUACUAGCCAGCAAGCCCCACCUCUGCCCCCUCGCACAAGCUUUGAGAGGACAAUCACUGUUGUCCGGGGCAACCGUAGCCUUGGGAUGUCGGUGAGUGCUAUCAAAGACGGAACAGGCAUUCUGGUCCGGAGCGUGGUCCAGGGGGGCUCUGUUUGCCAGGAUGGCAGGCUGGGGGUGGGGGAUAUCAUCUUGGCCAUAAACGGAGAACCUGCCUCCAAUCUGACCAGCGCCCAGGCCAGGGCCAUGCUCCGCAGACACUCUGUCACAGGGCCAGAGAUGAGGAUAACCUACGUUCCAGCUCAUCGCGUGGAUGAGCACCGAACCCGUCUGGGUUUGCCCCCUCUGGCAUCCAUCUCGACAGACAGUCCAUCUUCUUCGCCCACCCUUCCUGCUCCGUCUCCUGAGCCGGCACCGGGCCCAGCCAGAUCCUCUAGUCCCACGGCUUCACCGGCACUCAGAUUGUCUGCCUCCGUCAAGUACAAAACAGCAGCUCCAGAUCCGCCCACAGUCAGGGCCGUUUCAUUCAAAGCCUUUAAAGGCCCAGCAGUAGUGCCCACCAUCACCCCGGCCUCAGACACAAGCUGGCAGAUUCCGAAGUCUCUCCCAAGACCUCCAAAUAACAAAGGGAAGGCAAAAGAUGGAGACAUUGUUCAGGAGGGCGGAGACAAAACAAACGAAGAUUUAAGAGUAACAACGGCAGAAGUCAAAAUGAAGGUUGAUGGUAAAGCAGAAGACAAUGAAGAGCUGUGUUCACAUGCAGCCUGGUCUUGGGAUCAUCCUAAAAGCGUGCAGCUGACUCGAGCACCAAGCCAGUCCCUUGGCAUCAGCAUAACUGGAGGCAGAGGCAUGGGCCGCAGACUGAGCAGCGGAGAGAUGAUGAGGGGUGUCUUCAUCAAGCACAUCAGCCCUGACAGCCCCGCGGCGCUUAAUGGCAUCCUCAGGGUUGGGGACAGGAUACUGGAGGUGAGUGGUGUGGACCUGAGAGACGCCAGCCACGAGCAAGCGGUGGAAGCCAUCCGCAGGGCAGGAGACACCGUGGACCUUCUGGUUCAGUCCGGACUAGACAGAACUCAGCCUCCCAAUCCCAUCAAUCAUGAAAGACUAUCUCCGGCACCACCGUCCAGCUCACACAGCAACAAGGAGACAGAGACUCUCAGCAGUCUGUUCCUUAGUCUCUCCCCUGCAAACCCCUUCACUCCCACCCCCUUUAAGGCCCCGUCACCAGCAUCAGAUGGAAUGGAUGGGAGAAGCCCCGUAAAUGUCAAAGCGGCAGCCACUGCGGCAGCUGAGGACGGAGACGACACCGGCAGGAAGAAGAUGCUUCAGCGCUAUGGCAGCCUGUCAGGAAAGCUCCAUAUGAUUGAGCUGGAGAAGGACCCUGCAGCUCACGGUUUGGGAAUUAGACUUGCAGGCAACGAGGAGGGCUCCAGGGCGCGGAUGAGUGUCUACGUGGAAGGAAUAGACCCGCGUGGGCCUGCCGGUUUGGAUGGGAGGAUACAGGUUGGGGACGAGCUACUGGAGAUAAAUGGUCAGAUCUUAUAUGGUCGAAGUCACCAGAAUGCCUCCACCAUCAUUAACAACACUCCCUCUAAAGUCAAGAUCAUUCUCAUUCGAAAUAAAGCAGGCCAAAUGCUAAAGAGAAUCAAGAGAGAGUGUGAGGACACGGUGGACUCUAAGACGGAGGCAGCAGAGGGUGAAUCACGCGGCAUGGAGCACAUCAUCCUACCCCAGGAUCAUGUCGGUCUGGGCCUUUGCCUCGGUGAGGACUGUUCCAAAAGAGGAGUGGUUGUCAGGUCCCUGAUCCAGCAGGGCACUGCCAGUAAGGACGGCAGGAUAAAAGUUGGAGACAGAGUCGUGGCGGUGGGCGACGAACCCGUAGCCGGACUGUCAGUGGAAGAGGUGUCCAGUUUGAUUCUCCAACACCGGGUCACUGUCAAGCUCUCCAUCAGCCGUUCCAAGACUCUCCCUUUCUCCUCUUCUCCCCCUCUCCUUUCAUCGCGCCCCCGCCUCCCCCACCCUCCCACGGCUUCAUCUGAACCCCCUCGGGUCUCUCCGUCUUCUUCUGCAUCAUCGCUCGAUAAGAUGCAGACCUCUCCGGCGGAGCGCUCUCAUUGGGCAGGCUCGACUUCUUCAACUUCUGACCCGCGGAGCUGCCCGGUUGUAGCUGGGAGGGAGACUACCAUAGAAAUCUGCAAAGGAAAUUUAGGCCUCGGCCUCAGCAUCGUAGGAGGAUGUGACACCCUCUUGGGGGCAGUAAUAAUCCACGAAGUGAAUGAUGGCGGAGCAGCACAGAGAGAUGGAAGGCUGCAGGCUGGAGACCAAAUAUUAGAGGUGAAUGACAUAGACCUGCGGCAGGCGACACACGACGAGGCGAUUGCAGUGCUGCGACUCACCACCCAGCGAGUUCGCCUGUGUGUCUUCAGGCACCAGGAGGCCUACCGGGAGGAAGACCUGUGGGACGUCUUCAGUCUGGAGCUCACGCCUCACCCUGAACAAGGCCUGGGAUUCACCACUGUGGGGAAGAGCGAUGACACAGGCAUCUUUGUGUCAGAAAUCGUCAGAGGAGGCGUUGCAGAAUCAGACGGCAGCUUGCUGCAUGGUGACCAGAUUCUGUCAAUCAACAGGGAAGACGUCCGCGCAGCGUCGCAGGAGCAGGCACAGAGGCUUCUACAGGAGCGCACUGGGGUAGUCCACCUGGAAGUAGCUCGUUUUAAAGCUGGGCUGCAGUACUCCCAGAGGAGUAAGGAAUAUUUUCAGUUGUGUUUUAUCCAGAGCGAAGCCUCUGACUGCUCCACUCUGACAAGCAAAAGUGGGUGUGAUGCAUCGUUUUGCCACCAGAGGGAGACAGACAACAGAACGAGGAGUUCCAAAACUGAACUCAGAAAAGUAACAAUACAUAAGGGUCCAUGUGACACGCUGGGUAUCAGUUUAGCUGGAGGAGUGGGCAGUCUCCAUGGCAACACACCUCUUUUUAUUGCUUCUAUGGAUACCAAUGGACUGGCUGCCAAAACAGAGAAACUAGAGACAGGAGACAGGAUCCUCAGCAUCAACGACGUGUCCACAGAGGGAAUUACUCAUGACCACGCUGAAGCCCUGCUGAAGAACGCCACCGGAACCAUCAGUCUGCAGGUAAUGGGUGGUUGCCAUGUGUGCAGCUCACUGGAUCCAAGUGAGGCUCGUGUCAGCUCACCAGGUCUGACCAGCAGCUGUUCUCAUAAUAACUUCUGUCCACGUGUUUAUAAGACCAUCACUCUGGAGAGAGGCUUGUCGGGCCUAGGCUUCAGCAUUGUGGGGGGGUUUGGCAGCCCUCACGGAGACCUGCCGAUCUACGUCAAAAAUAUUUUCAACAAGGGGGCAGCGGUUGAGGACGGCCGGCUGAAACGUGGCGAUCAGAUCAUUGCUGUGAACGGACACUGCCUGGAAGGUGUGACUCAUGCAGAAGCUGUGGAAAUCCUGAAAAAGACCAAAGGAACUGUAGUCCUCACUGUACUCGCCUGAGCGAAUGUUCACCGUGUCCCACUUUAAGUAUAUACAUGACCGAUGUAACCCUGCGUGGAUGUAGCUGUCUCUUGUAGAACUGCCUGUCUAAAAGCUAAGGACCCAAACAUGGAUGGUAAAGGGAAGUUUCAGAAAACCAAACGUAUCAACAAUGACUCAGAAAAGUAUUUAUACCCCAAAAAUGUUUUCACUUUUCACAACUUAAAUUUAUUUUAUUAGGAAUAGCUCAAAAGCACAGUACAAAAGAUCAUCUUAAAAGUCUGACAAGACUUGUAUUCAGCUCUCCGGUCCCAUCCGAAAAAUAUCACCCCAGCAGCAUGAUGCUGCCACUGCCAUUUUAAUACUUUUGAAAACCAAUUAACCUUUUUUCUUUCACUUUACAGUUGUGUCCUACUUUGUAUUGAUCUGUCAUGUAAUCCCACUAAAAUGCAUGAAAGGUUUUUUUUGUUGCAUUGUGACAAAAAUGUGAAAAAGUUUUACGGCUAUUAAUACUUUUGCAGGGCACUGAGUACUUAGGAUAAGCUAUCUCUAACUACAGAAUGCAGGUCAGAUUUUAUAUGUGAGCACACAUUAAUCAUCACUACAAAGUCAGAUCAUUUUGAUUUACAUCAUAAAAAGUCCUAAGUUGUUUUAAGUAGGAAUCUUGUCUCAUGUACGGUACAAUAUGAUAAAAUAGUGACAUAUACAUUAUAAUAUAAAGUUCUGACAUAUUAAAACAAUGAAAAAGAAAUAUUUCCAUUAGAAACCAAAACAAAAAUCCACAUGCAGUAUUCAUGAAGUCAACUGACUUAUGUUCAGUCACAGGGAACAUACUGACAUGCACAACAUGCCAAGUGCUUCUGCCAAUGUUUUUUUAAGGCAAUAAGGUUUUAGGAAACUGUCUGUGAAGGCCUGAUAUACUCUUUCUUUCCAUUCUUGUACUAUAUUAAUUUAAAAUGUGUCGUGGUUUGUCUUAUACUGAAUGUCUUACAUGACCUGUUGAUACUUGCCUAUAAUAACCAUGUAAUGUCUAGCAGUUAAAGAAUACCAAAAUCACAUCUUGGUUUACUUUUCCUCUGCUUUUUAGGACUUGUGGAAAGUAUUAUUAUAGUGCAAAGUCCAGUCUUUAUGUAGAAUUAGUUUUAUAUUAUUUUAUUCACACUUAUUCUAAUUGAAAACUGUAUACUUUAUGUAUUUAAAAUUGGUUGUUUUUAAAGCCAUGCCACCUACACUUGUGUGCAUUAUGUAGCUGUGUCACUCAGUCAACUGUAUUAAAAGGUAAUUUGUUAGUUUUU